AUGAGACGAGUUCAUUCAUUCGAAUUCAAUAAUAGUUCCGUUUUCUUUCAACAACCUAAGAAAGUCUCUAUACCUGCUACAAAUGAAUCAACAUAUCGAUCAGAACCUCAGACGACGGAUCGAUCGACUAUUGUGCCUGUUACUCUAGUUCCAAAUGAUAUUCCUAAUUAUUUCGGUUCGGCCAUGCAAUCAAUGUGUCUUGCUUUUUUUACAUUUGCAUAUACCGAGUUAAUCGAUGGUGCUGUUUUCGCCGGCAAUGUUAUUCUUCUUCAUGUCUUUUUGAAAUUUCUCAUCAUUCUUUCGAUAAGUUUAACACUAUUUGCUGCCUUUGCAUCGAUCCGAGUAUCUAUAUUUACUUGUCAGACAUCUGAAAACAAUCCUGCCAUAAUCGGUUCAAAUAAAGCCAAAUUCUAUUCAUCAAUAGCGCAUUAUGGUUCAAUUAUAUCUACUACGACAUGUGCUAUAAUUAUUUGUAUCAUCGCUAUUCUUUCUCUUUAUGUCACAUUUCAUGAAAGAACUGUUUGA